CUAAAAAAUGAUGAAAAACGAUGAGCAGGACGAUGUGGACGUGGUGAAUGUGCCGACAAAUAUCGAUUUUCAGUGCAAUUUAUGCGAAUACGUCGGGAAAUCCGAUCGAAGUCUCAGUGCACACAAAAGACACAGACAUCCACGGCCAGAAGGUCAGGAAGAUGAUAAAAAACCAAGGGGCCGACCGAAAAAAUACGAAGAUUCUCCGGUUCCACUGCAACGAGUCACCACAAAACAGCUUCUCGGCGGUCGAAAACGUCCGAAAACGAUAGUGGAAUGUGUGGAUGAUUCGGCAAUAAGAACCGAUAAAGAAGCUUCUCGCCUUCACGGACUCGGAAUUAUUGACGAAGAGACUUCCCUUGGGGAUUAUGUUCGCCGUGGAGCCAAUUAUCAGCUGAUGGGCGGCUCGGACAUGAAUUUAGACGGAAAUUCCAUGAUUGUCGGCCAAGAAGUGGUUAUUGAUCAUGAGGAAGACGAGGAAAAUGACGAUAGUCCUAUGUUGGAUUCGAAAUUUGUUCAAAACCGGACUCGAACUGCAUUCCGCCGGUACCCGAACGAUCGUCUACCGGACAGACUUACCAUUGGAGAUGCCAACGGAAAAUAUAAGUGCUAUAUGCCGGAUUGUCUGUGGAAAGGCGGCUAUCGAUCACUUCGUAUGGAUCAUAUGAAAGCGAUUCACCCCGAAUGGAAAAUGCCUUCAAGAUUCCUGCUGGAAAGAAUCUCGAAAGACGGAAAAUACGUAAAUCCGGAAGAGCAUGUGCCUCAAUACGCUUGUCAGGUGAAAGGAUGCAAUUGGAGAGGAAAUUUCCGGGCUUCAAGAUCUUCACACAUGCGAAAAGUGCACCCGAAUGAGCACGCUGAACGUAAGAGAAAUGCUCCAGGAUACAACUCAAAUGGCACAUACAACUGUCAUUUUCCACUUUGUCAGUGGCGGGGAUGGUCCCGGUCGACCAGAAGCACACAUUUACGAAAAGCUCAUCCCGAGUGGCGGCCCGAUGAUAAUCGAGUCAUGACGGUUUUGUCGUGUUUCUACUGCAAAAGCUCCUUCCACACGUACGCUCAGCUGGCUGAUCACACAAUAACUCACGGCGGCUUGGCACUUAUGAUUUCUCAAAGUUUCGACAAUAAACACCAUUUUUCGGCUUGGCUUCAACAAAUGGAACGCGUCUACAGUGUCACAUUCGAACGGUCGGAAUUUGGAAGUGAUCCUGAGCUGCAGGAUCUUCACAACUAUGUCCUACACUGCGAUUGCGUGGGUGGACGUGGGGAGCAGCUCGCCACGGAUUCGAGAGCCUACAUCUACCAAAAGCACAAUUUUCUGAAACGCCGACACCCACAGCUGCUCACUCGGAAUAAAAAUGACUGUUGUGUGCAUUUGGAGGUCCGUGAGGACUCGGAAUACGGCCCGAUUCACGUGAAAGGCACUCUGGAGCACACGGGCCAUCGUUUCGGAACUCCGUUGCUCAGAAUGUCUCCAAUGGAUCGUCAAAUAUAUUCGGAAGUGCUCAGCUGGAAAGAGCAACGAGAUUUUCAGUUUAUGGCUCUAGACGUUGUCGAGAAGCUUAAUGUAUUCGAAGGCUUCACAAUGGAUCAUUACACCACUCCGCGGUCCGUAAUCCUGAUGGAACCCCUUCACACGAAUCAAUUCCAAUCCCUCAGAGAAUUCAUCGAGGCUCCCUCCACCUCAACCUAUCAAAAUCCGUAUUUUUCCGUCGAUUUUGGCGAUUCGCCGGAGCAAUUUUCGUUUGGUUACAUGUCCGACGAGAUGCAAAAGUUGUGGAGCAAAUAUGCGCCUGGAAGGACAAUUACAAUCGAUUCGUCCCCGCUGGAGUUUGGCGAAGUGGAUUUGUUCCAGUACAGCGUCAUUGUGACCGACGAGAAUUACAUUCCAAAGUGUGCGAUGAUCUACGUGACGACGGACAAUUCACGGGCUCCGCACACAAUUUUGCGGCAAAUGAAGGCUGUAGAACCUCGACCGCCGACAAUUUUUAUGGUGGACCCGUCACAACUCUGGGUGGAACUUAUCCAAGACCUAUGGCCCACAGAUUUGGAUAAUCCCGAGUCGGAAGUGACGAUUCUCAUCUCCGAAUGGACUCUGAUGGAUUAUUGGGCUGCGAAAACGGAGGAACUAGUCAAAAACGAAUUUGACGUGUUUUGUAUCGUUACUGCUCUCCGCCGUAUGCUCCGCGUCGAAGAUGCUCAUCAACUCUAUUACACAAUCGUGGAACUUUUCGAGGCGUUUUUCGAGUGCGGCUACGAUGGUUUAGCCGAAUUUUUCGACGCUCAGCUCUCCGACAUGGAAUAUUUUAAGCGUUGGGGUCCCCUUCAUCGGACCACACUGACAAGCCACGCCCAUCCGACUCUCGGAGCAUCUUUCAGAAUUCUAAGGGAUUGGUAUUUGAAUCCGGCGAAUAUGGAUCACGACGCGCCACGUGUAGAUCAAUGGUUUUCGCAUAUUUGUCAGCGAAUUGAGGAUUUUAAUGCAAUUACCAAUACACAAACCUACACUUUGAGACCCUUGGACCCCCCGCAUAAAUUCUUCUAUACUACGGUAGAGGAUGAGGAGGGCGAGGAAGCUGAGCACGAAAAUCCGUUCAAAAACCCGCAAAUUCUAAUGUACGACGACGACGGGGACGAGGUUGUCGUGGAAGAGGAAAUCAUCGGCCACGAAAUUGACGGCGCCAGCGAGCUUCAAGGCUCGGAGCUUCCAGACGAAGAAGUGAUCUACGAGACUUAUGAAGAUUAUCCUGAAUAUGGUGGACAUUAUGAUCUGGAAGAGGAGCAUAAAAUGCACCAUAAUAUGCGGUUGGAAGAGGAAGAGCUUCAGCAACAUUUACACGAGCAGCAGAAACCCGAGCACCUGAGCCACCAAACCGAGGAGCUCGGCGAGCUUCAGGACCAUCAUCACCACCAUCAUCAUCAUCUCGACGAGGAUCCAGAAGCCACAGCAGAAGGACCAUCAGAAAUUGUGGAACACGACGAUGAGGAGGAGCAGGAGGAUCUUGUCGAUGUGGAAAUGGUCGAUGAUCAGCACGAACAACACGAAAUUCCGGCAAAAAUCCCGCCGCACCGGCAACGGCUCUAUCAGAAGCUCGAUCCGAUGCCUGUAAUAAGCCAUGAGCUGCCGCGGAGCCCGUCGCGAAGAAUUCGAAUUCCUACGAGAAAGAUACAAGAAUUGGACCAAGAAUCAGUGCUCCCACCACCACCGCGGCGUGAAACCACCCGCUCAGUAGUUCGGAGCCGUAAGCGGCGAGACCGAUUCGCCGAGCUCCGAGACUGUCCGCCAGAGGUGAUGCGGGCCAUCGCCGCCCACGCAAUCGCCUACGAUGGCCGGAAAAAAGAGCAGCGGCCGAUUGUCUAUGUGCCUAGGCAGGCGAAAAUGGCGAUGAGCUCGACGCCGACUGCUCCGACGCCGCCCGAGGAUUACGAUGGGCCUCCUGGCCAUCAAAUGACGACGAUUUUACAGCAUCAGAGACAGGCGAAACAGGAGGAAGAGGAAGAACAGUGGAGUGGAGAGUAUGAUGAUGAGCUCCACGAGCAAGAGCACGAUCCUGCCACGUCAUCACCGCCACCGUCACUUCUACCACACACGGGUCCAUCGGAAAUUGUACACCACGAGGAGGAGGUUCAUAUGAUGUUACCGGAGGAAGAAGCCGAUCUGAUGGACGACGAUGAUCAACAGCCAUGUACAUCGGCUUCUAUGUAUCGCUAAAUUUCGUGUUUCCCCCCACAUUUUUUUUGAAUUUUCUGUACUUUCCCUCAGUUUUUGUGCGAUUUCAAUGCAAAAUUCGAAUUCCCUGCCAUUUUUUACCCCGGAAAACAUUGUUUUAGAGCUUUUCUGCAUUUUUGCAUAAGGUCGGGUGUUUCGGGUGGUGUUUGCGUACUUUUGGCGCUACAGUAACCCGAAUUUUCAAAUUUGGAGCUAGAAGGUCCAAUUAAAAGCUGUUUAGAGCCAAAUUUCGCGGGAAAUCCGAUUUUGAUCCUAAUUUUUGGUAAAUUUUAGUUUUAACCUGUGAAAUUCCUGAAAAAUCUUGGAAUUUCCAAGAUUUCUAUGAAAUCUCAAAAUUAUAGUGCAUUUUGACUCGAAAUUCGAGUUCCAUGUCACUUUUCACCCCGGAAAACGCUAUUUUUUGAGCUAUUCUGCAUUUUCGCGUAAGGUCGGGUGUUUCGGAUGGUGUUUGCGUAUUUUUGGCGCUACAGUAACCCGAAUUUUUGAAAAUUUAGCUAGGGAGCCCAACUAAAAGCUGUUUAGAGCCAAAUCUCGCGGGGAAUUCGAAUUUCGCAUUGAAUCCUUCAGUAUUUUGUACCAUCAUCUCCAUAUCCUGAGAUCUCUCACCAUAUUUAUAUUUUAUUAAUUUUCGAAUUUUUUUGUUAAAAAUUUUUAUAUAUU